AUGUUGCCCUACCUUGCUGCCAGCUGCUUGCUGCUGGCUCUAAGCUGCCUGCAGCCAACGACCGCGGCCAUCCACAAACGGAGCGGUGCCAACGCGGCCAACGGGCUGGGAGAAGAGUCAGCGAGCACCGCCCACUCCCACUCAAAGCAUGCGCCUAAUCCGACAGGGAGCGUCGAGAACACGGACCUCUUGGAUAAACUGAGCUGGAAGUGCGCCAACAAUGCGAGCUGUCUGUACGGCGUUGCCAAUGGGAUCAUGGCCUCGUACCGACGGGGCGAAACCAUCAAGCUGGGACUCUUCGACCUGGUCAGGCUCCCCGACCUGGACGCAACACACAAGCACAAGUGGGGCACAGGCCGAGGCCUGGCCAGCUUCAUGGACUUUGUCAGUGGCAAUGCCGUGCGGGUGCCCGUUGGCCCCAUGGUCUUUAGUGUGCAGCGAUCGGAAGACGACACUGAUUACAUUGAGGUGGCGCUCCUGAAGAAGGCCUCCAGCGGCACAGGGCGGCUGCAGGGCAACGGCGGUGGAGGUCUGCUCGGAGGCGGAGGUGGCAGCGGCCUUGGAGGCGGCGGUAACGGGGGAGGCGGCCUACUAAGUGGACUAGGAGGUGGCGAUAGCGGAGGUGGGGGUGGAGGUGGAGGAGUCUUACGCCGACGACAUCAGCACCAGGACAAGAAGCAGUUCCAGAUGCUCAUACCCAUGUAUCUGGCAGCGACAACAUUUGGUUGGACAAUGGUGGCCGCCAAGGCGGUGGGUCUGCUCACUCUGAAGGCUCUAAUCCUAUCAAAAAUCGCAUUUGUCGUGGCCGCUAUAGUCCUGAUCAAGAAGCUGAUGGAUAAUGCCAGCGAAAAGAUGAUGUAUCAGUUUCCGGAGCAAACUCCCUAUAUGAUGCCUUAUGGGAUGGACUAUGGUGGUCUUCAUGGCGGCGAUAUCUCUCCAGAGAUGUAUCCAGGCUCGCUGCAUCAUCUGGCAAUGGCCGGCGGCGGCCAACUGCCCGGUCAUCCUGGCCUGGAGAGCCUCAGCGCCGAGAGUCAUCUGCACUCACAGGUCUCCAGCGACGGCAGCAACCACACCCAGGUGCUGGCAGCUCUGGGCGGUCUCGGCGGCCUGGGCCAUAAAAUCAAACGUGAGGACUCUUGGAUGGCGAAGAGUAAGUCCAAUCCAGCCAGGCGACCACUCAUCUAUAACUACGUCCAGCCGCACAUGCCCUACUACCGCUCCUGA